UCUAACUAGCAAGCUAAAUUGCUAACUUUUGCUUACCGAAAUCAUACAGCGUAUUCAGGACAUGGUCAAGAAAAAACUGAUCCGUGUCUUCUUCCUUUCCAUUUUCGUUGUUGUCCAUUUCAAGCAGUGACUAAACUAAUACCAUGUCAAGACGAAAUAAAAUAGGGAAACAAAGAAAAAACACGAUUGUGGACGACUGAUAACAAACCAAUGUACACACGUGUGUGUCCUAUGCAACUGAAAAGCAACAGGAUCAGGAUGUCAUUUCUUGGCCACCGUAGUUUAAUGUACAAACAAGGAAGUAGCCAUUCACAGCAGGGAAUUAUCCAGCGAGUCAAACAUAUAUAUCUAGCUUAAAUCUCUGCUGACGAUUCUUCAGCCAAAGCAGCAUCUAUGUUUUUAUGAUACCUGCUAAGGAAUGGCAUCAAAAACUCUUUAUUCGCAAAGGGACCCAAUGCUAAAGAGAGAUGGCUUUGAAGACAUUUUAGAAGAGAGGAGGAACUCCAGCGACUUGAAGUACGCGUUGAGGUGCUAUGCACCGGUUCUUUACAAGGGAGUCACUCCCUGCAAAGCAAACAUGCUCAAGAAUAUCGUUCUCCAAUCUGAUCAGCUACACUAUGUCAUUAAUCAAGUGUCACAAGAGUCUGGCGAGGCCCCUGACAUCAUCCAAGAAGAGGCCUCUGUCAUUCUGGAGGAGAUGGCCCACCGGCUCCAGAUCAGCACCGUCCGCUUCUUUGCCUUCGCUCUUAGUAAGGCCUUCAAAACCCUCUUCCAACAUGUCUGUGUCAACGAGGAGGGCAUCCAGAGACUCCAACAGGCCAUCCAGGAGCAUCCGGUGGUGUUGCUCCCCAGUCACCGUAGUUACAUGGACUUCCUGUUGAUGUCCUACAUCCUAUACACCUAUGACCUCGCCCUGCCUGUCAUCGCUGCAGGCAUGGAUUUCAUGGGGAUGAAGUUUGUUGGUGAGAUGCUCCGGAUGUCAGGAGCGUUCUUUAUCCGGCGCUCGUUUGGAGGAGACAAACUGUACUGGGCUGUGUUCUCAGAGUAUGUGAAGACCAUGCUGAGGAAUGGAUUUGCACCUAUUGAGUUCUUCUUAGAGGGUACAAGAAGCCGAACAUGCAAGUCCCUCACCCCUAAAUUAGGAUUACUGAAUAUCGUGAUUGAACCAUUCUUCAAAGGAGAAGUGUUUGAUGUCAACCUAGUGCCUGUCAGCAUCAGUUAUGAGAGGAUACUAGAGGAAUCUCUCUAUGCCAGGGAGCUCCUGGGAGUGCCCAAGCCUAAGGAGUCCACCUCUGGACUGUUGAAAGCCAGGAGAAUCCUCAGUGAAGACUAUGGCAGCAUUCAUGUGUACUUUGGCCAACCAGUGUCAGUACGGAGUCUGGCCCAGGGCAAGGUCAACCGCUCUACGUACAACCUUUUCCCAAGACACAUCCCUAGGAAGCCCAUGGAGGAGACUCAGUCAUUUGUGAAUGACACUGCCUACAGGAUAGUGCGUCUGCAGGAGGACAACAUGGUGCUGAAGCCCUGGGUCCUGAUGGCCUCCCUCCUCCUGCAGAACCUGGAGGGCCUGGAGCUGUCUGUGCUGACAGAGCAGACCGUCUGGCUCCGAGGCCUAGCCCUGUCUUAUGCUGCCUUCCUGGACUGGCCUGACCAUGCUCCCACAGCGAAGGUGGUGUCGUCCAGCCUGGCUCUCCACAGGGGCUUGGCGUGUGUCUCAGGGGGCCGGGUUAGUCUGGUGGUAGGGGAGCCCCUGGGCCCGGUGACCCCAGAGGAGGCUCUCUUUAACAGAGCCGUCAGCGUGCUCUCCUGUGCCUCCUACAGGAACCAGGUCCUUCACGUGUUCCUCCGGCCCGCCAUGCUGGCUGUGGCCAUGCACACUGCAGCCUCCUCUAAGAAGAAUGAAGUGUACAACUGCUUCAGCUUCCUUUGGGACAUGUUCUCCAAUGACUUCAUCCUCUGUCCUGGGGACACUGUCCAGGACUUUGAGGAGGCGUGUUACCUGCUGGUGAAGACUGGUGCUGUCCAGAUGCCGCAGCAGGACAUAGUGAUGACAGACAUAGGUCAGCCCACCCUCUCCUUCUUCAAUGGCCUGCUGGAACCAUUCCUACAAGGCUACCAGGUGGUGUGUCGGUACCUCUGUGAGGAGGCCAGUGAGGGCCUGACAGAGAAGCAGUACAUCCCUGCUGUCCGCAGCUUCGCUGUCAAACUCAUCCUAGCAGGAAACCUGAGGUGCUAUGAGGUGCUAUCGUCAGACAUGCAGAAGAAUGCUCUUGCCGCUUUGCUGCGUAUGGAUGCUGUAAGAAAGGUCAAAGUAGCUGAUCAAGUCACUCUCAUAGUGAACAAGAUGGCUGUGAACUCUAUAGACGAUAUACUGGGAGGCAAACUUCCCACACAGAAAGCGCUCCUCGCUCGACUGUAGUUCACUCACUUCGCGGGCCAAUGAAAACUCUGGAGAGUAAACUCUGCCUUCAUUACCAUAAUGCCAAAUUUUCCAGGAGAGCAUAGCUUUGCUGACUACAAAGGUUGUUUGUCAUAGUUUUUUUAAAAGGAACUUCACUGGUUUGCCAUCUGGGACACUGUUUUAUAUGACAAAUAACACCAAAAUACUUAUUUUAGAUCUUCGCUCACACUAACUACGUGUCUGUCUAGAGACGUUUUACAUUUCCGAGGUUGCCAAAGUAAUUUAAAUAGUAACCAUUUUAAUUAACACGUUUUGUGCAAUCCCGUUUGUUUUCUAACACUGCUUGGACUCAUUAAUAUCUUCAUUUGUUAUUUUGGUGUUAUGGCGUCUGAUGUGGUAUUGCUGCUUGUGUAGUCUGUUAGUGUUUGUAUUGUGUUUGUGUUGGUGUGGACCUCUCCCUUUCUCCUCCUCUGGGAUCGUUGCCUUUGUGUGUUUUUCAGAGAAAUCAUUGUUACAAAAAUGGGGUCGCAUCAUGUUGUUUACAGACCGAAUUGAGGAUACCAGCCUAUUUAUGCAACGUUAACACUGAGUAGAUAAUAAAUUGUAUUUACACUAUUUUAUUAUAUCAUAUUUGGAUUUGGAGUAGAAACACCCCCUCUCAUGAUCAAAGCCAAAGAGUUUGGGAUUUCAUCAGAUAUGCUGAUGGUAUAAUAUCCAAACAUGAGAGCCAUAUGUUGUUUACAUCUGUUUUAUACACAUGUGCAGCGCUACAUAUCCAACUGCAUCAUUGUGACUCUGAUAUAGGAUGCCUAUUGUGGAAUACUCAGUUACAUCUUAAGACCUAAGAUCACAAAGGUAACCUGACCACUGAGGAUUUACCGUAAUUUCUCCUUUCCUAUACUUCCUGGUUUGUUUAUUGUGACCGAAGUAUGUUUCUGAACUGUUUUGAUAUGACUGUUUAUAAUGCGGAUUUGACAAAAACAUGAAGAAUGUGACCAUGAUCUCUGUUACCAAGUGCAGCAGAUGCUAUGACUGUUAGUCUCCUGCCAAAGUAUACAUGUCUAUGUUACCCUACCAUUCUGUCAUGUACAGUAGGGUGCAAUGUGUAUGUGUUUUUGAUGUGGAAUUAAUGUUGUUCUAACAUUAAUGACUACUGUUGCAGUAAUGUAACAUUGAACUAUAUGACAGUGUGUGGCAGUUAACUGUGAUCAAUGAUGCUUUUUGAAGUAAAUCUACAAGCAGAAUAAAGAAUUUGAAAUAAU